AUGUUGCGGCUUCUAUCAUUGGUACUGGUCACAUGCUUAAUCUAUUUUUACAAAAACCAGGGUCCUUCUGCGCUUGUCGCUGCCAUGGGAUUUGGUAUAGCAGGGUACUUUGCUACAGAUAUGCUAAUUCCACGUGUGGGGAAAUCGUUCAUUAAAAUAGGUCUGUUCGGUAAGGAUCUGAGUAAACCCGGUCGUCCUGUGCUUCCUGAAACAAUUGGGGCCAUCCCUGCCGGUGUUUAUCUGUUUGUUAUGUUCUUUUACAUUCCAUUUAUUUUUUACAAGUAUAUGGUCAUUACCACCUCUGGCGGUGGUCACCGUGAUAUAUCAGUAGUCGAAGAUAAUGGUAUGGACUCUAAUAUUUUCCCUCAUGAUAAGUUGUCUGAGUAUUUGAGCGCUAUCUUGUGCUUGGAAAGCACAGUUUUACUGGGUAUCGCGGAUGAUUUAUUCGAUUUACGUUGGAGACACAAGUUUUUCCUGCCUGCCAUAGCAGCUAUACCAUUACUUAUGGUUUAUUAUGUGGACUUUGGCGUUACACACGUGUUAGUUCCGGGCUUCAUGGAACAUUGGUUGAAAAAGACUAGCGUUGAUUUAGGGCUAUGGUACUAUGCUUAUAUGGCCUCAAUGGCGAUAUUUUGCCCCAACUCAAUCAACAUCCUGGCGGGUGUUAAUGGUCUAGAAGUCGGCCAAUGCAUAGUGUUGGCCAUCUUGGCGUUAUUGAACGAUUUGCUGUAUUUUUCUAUGGGCCCACCAGCCACAAGGGAUUCUCAUAGAUUUUCUGCUGUUUUGAUCAUUCCAUUCUUGGGCGUAUCUCUAGCACUGUGGAAAUGGAACCGCUGGCCUGCUACAGUGUUUGUUGGAGACACGUACUGUUACUUCGCUGGUAUGGUGUUUGCAGUUGUUGGCAUACUGGGGCAUUUCUCUAAAACAAUGCUCUUGUUAUUCAUUCCUCAGAUCAUAAAUUUCAUUUAUUCCUGUCCACAGUUAUUCAAGUUGGUGCCCUGUCCAAGACACAGACUGCCCAAAUUCAAUGAAAAAGAUGGGCUGAUGUACCCAUCAAGAGCCAACUUGAAGGAAGAGCCACCGAAAGCUUUUUUCAAACCGAUUUUGAGGCUAUUAUAUCGUUUUAAUUUGAUUGACCUAGAAUUUGAUAACAACAAUGAAAUAAUUAGCACUUCUAAUAUGACGUUAAUAAACCUAACGCUGGUAUGGUUUGGCCCCAUGAGGGAAGAUAAAUUAUGUAACAGGAUCUUACAAUUGCAAUUCUGCAUGGGUAUUCUAGCGCUCAUAGGAAGACAUGCCAUAGGCGCUAUUAUCUUUGGGCACGAUAACCUAUGGACCGUACGUUAA